AUUAAUACUCCUUGACUUUAAAUUGGUAAAAACACGUGCACAGUAGCCGUUUACUUCGAUGUCAGGCGCCUGCCAUGUGUAUAUUCAGCACAAUAUGCAUGACACGGGCCGCGCAUCUGGCGCGCGCGUGAAGACCGUCGGCCAAUCGCAUCGCGUGUGACAAUCGGUAUCAAACAAUCUACGCAUGUCGGACAAGCGACCAACUGUCAAUCAACCGCGGGUAACAAUUAACGGGAGGUGUGCGCUUCGUCCUGAGACACUUUUUAAUACAUUAGAGUGCGUGAGAAACGUAGGUCAAUUUUACUCUGAACGUGGCUCAGGAAGGGAGCAACAUCCGCAAUUUAUUUCUUUUAACAAAUUCACCUUUUCGUUUGGAAAGAAAAAAAUGAAACGAAGUUUGAGUGACAGCGAAGCCGAAGAUUGCUAUGAUGAUGCCCUGAAAGCAAGUUCUCCUUCACAAAGUUGUCAGAUUGGGGAUAGAAAAAAGAGACGUGGGGUAAUUGAAAAACGUCGGCGAGAUCGCAUCAACAACAGUUUAUCCGAACUUAGGAGGCUUGUUCCUACUGCAUUUGAAAAGCAGGGAUCAGCUAAACUGGAGAAAGCUGAAAUACUUCAGAUGACAGUAGACCACCUAAAACUUCUCCAUCAAAAAGGGCUGAACACUUAUAACUAUCCUGACCCACAAGCUCUGGCAAUUGACUAUCGGGGAGUUGGUUUCCGUGAGUGUGCUACCGAAGUUGCAAGAUACUUAGUUGCGGUAGAAGGACUUGAUUUGCAAGACCCUCUGCGAAUGAGGUUGCUCAGCCACCUUCAAUGUUUUUCUGCUCAGAGGGAGGCUGCAGCAAAAGCCUCAUUUCAACAUUCCUCGUGGAGUCCCCUACCUACCCACACUGGGAUAAACAGCCAGUACCCGACAAGUGCUAUGACGCCAAUGGGCUCAAUGAUUACGUCACAAUUACCAAAUCAAGCUGACUUACCUAUGGGACCCCAUUCUUCUGCACAGGCUCUUUCCUCAUUAUCAUACAGUGAAACAAGAGUGAGUCAACCAGACAUUUCCUCUACCACACUGCAUGGGAAUAUGCGGAUUCAGUCCUCCUCCAACAUGCCACCCCAUUCUCAGAUGUCCAACAUGAACUCUGCUGGACAGGACCCCUUAAUAUCCUCCAUUCCACAGCUUCCCAGCCAAUUCGCAGUGUCUCUGAACUCAAUGCCCAUGAUGUCUCAAAAUGGAAAUAAUUUCAAUAGCUCUUCAAAACCAUAUCGCCCAUGGGGUGCAGAACUUGCUUACUGAUAUAUCAAUAAAAUGGAUCAAAAUUCAUUCCUAAUAGUUAUAGUUUGGAACAUAAAGAAAUUCAAUUGAAACAACCUUGUAUGUUUUGAAACCCAAAACUUCAAAGGACAAGUGCUUUCUCUUUAUUUAUACAUUUACUUGGUGAAAAAAAAUGAUGCUUUCCUUAACGGAUAUAUGUGCCAUGUGUUCAGGGGGUAUUGCAAUAUAGAAGGUUUUUUGUAUAUAUUGUAUAUUUUUACAUUUUUUCUUCACAUUUUGAAGUUUUCUGCAUUUAGUGCUCUUUUUGUGAUUAUAAUUUUUUUAUACACUUUGCACAAUUUUAAUGAGUUUAUAUACAAUUUUACUGUGCUUUUAGAACCUUUACUUUGUUAUUACUUUCAUAGUUGUUUUUUUUUUUAAUUUGUAUCAAAAUAUUUUUUUAUUUUAAUUAUUGAUACAAAUUAGUCAAUUAGUGAUUACAUUAAGUUUAGAUAAUGAAGUUAAUUUUUCAAUUGUUAUCGCUUCAGUUAACUAUGCAAGAAGUUUAUUUUCAAACAUCGAAACUGGAAUAAAAAUUACAACGAUAUGUAACUUCUUCCAAUCUGGCAUUUUAUCAACGAGUACUUAUAUUUGAUACUGGAGUUAUACAGAGGUCUUCAAUGUACAUGUAUUUAUUUUUCUCAAGUAUAUGUAUGAUAUGAUUAUAAAUAAAAAAAAAAUGCUUUUGCAUUGCUUCAAAUGUACUUAUACAUGUAAUUAAAAUAUGAGAAAAUAAAAUUCUUUAAAGAUUUG